AUGGCCAGCCAGUCGCAGGGCAUCCAGCAGCUGCUGCAGGCCGAGAAGCGCGCUGCUGAGAAGGUGGCUGAGGCCCGCAAGCGAAAGAAUCGGAGGCUGAAGCAGGCAAAAGAAGAAGCCCAGGCAGAGAUUGAGCAGUACCGCCUGCAGAGGGAGAAGGAAUUCAAAGCCAAGGAAGCAGCGGUUAGUUCGCUACAUCGCUCUCUGUUACUGUCCUGCCCCCUCCCUCUGAGAGCUGCCCUCAGUGUGGAACGUGUUGUCAGAGGUCUACUUCCCUUCUGCUGGUACACAGUCACAUGUUGGAGAGAUCGGUGGAAAUGA